GGCCGGGAGAGGCAUUCGGCAGGGAGCCCCGAGGACUCCGUCCGAGGCUCGGGUGUGCCGGGAAGUCCCUUGUGCUGCCACUCGCUUUGUGUCCUGGGACACCUCUGAAGUCCCCAGGCGCCGCUCCUCCCCGCGUCCCGGCCCAGAGACACCGAGGCGCGCAGGUAUCAGCCAGCGCCCGCUAAGUAUCCACUGUUCCAGCCGGACGCCGCCGGUACACCGCCCCACCGCCGGGUCGUGGACUUCCCAGUCCGGGCACACGCACCUGUCUCGAGAACCGCCCCUGGGAGCUUCCUUUCGGGUCCUCCGCGCCCAGACAUGCGGCCAGCUAAGCCAGGCGCCCCACUGUCCACGCUCCUCCUGCUCGUUCUGGUUUUGCCCCUGCCUGGGGCCUACGGGAGGCCCCGGAGUGGCAGGGGAGCAUAUGCCGCGGACCAAGAACCCAAGUCGUGGCUUUUCCUCCCCGCGGCCAGAGCCGGCCGGGCACCCAACGCCUCACGGAACACGGAAAUAUUCCCAAGAGAUUUGAACUUAAAAGACAAAUUCAUAAAACAUUUCACAGGGCCAGUCACAUUUUCAGCUGAAUGUAGCAAACAUUUCCAUCGACUCUAUCACAACACUAGGGAUUGUUCAACACCAGCUUAUUACAAGAGAUGUGCUAGAUUGCUAACAAGAUUAGCAGUGAGUCCCUUGUGCUCACAGACCUAGAAGACUUUCCCUAUGAGCAUUUCUUAAUAAUGUAAAUUUGAUUUGAAGAAAAAAGUGCUUG